AUGAAAGAGGACGAAACCUAUGAUGUUACUGCUACUGAGGUUUUCACUUGUAAGGCAAUUGUUGCCGUUGUUUCUACUUCUCUUUAUAUUCUCUACUUUCAAAUAGAAAUUAUCGCAGCACAAAUAGCCAUAGGAUUUAACAUAGCCAUCCACAACACCAGCAUUUACUUGGAUAAACUGGUCUGCUUUAGGUCUCUCAUGUUCCUGAUCGGCCUAACAAGCGAGUACAUUUUUUAUAAGACCUUGAUAGCUUUUUCUGAAGGCGAUCAAUAUUUUAUUCGCAUGAAGAUUAAUCAGGGUGUUGAAGCGUUUGGAAUGGGUUGCUUUGGAGGUUCUAUAUAUGCUUUAUUUCCACAACAUGGAACAGCCAUUGUAUUAUUUGCUCAUCUAUCACGUCUUUUGACCUUUCUUAUUCAGUUUUUCCUGGAUUUAAUCUUUCCUCAUAAUCCGCUUGCCAAAAUACGUUGCCAAUUCCUGUUUUGCUCUAUUUUAACUGCUACAGCUGUGGGACUGUUGUUUUAUUAUGAUAGUACUCGUUGUCCAACGUUAGUCAAUGAAGAAAAGGACCAGGUAAGUGGAGAUACAAAUAAUGGUACAAACGGAGAUGUUUCACUUAAAGGUAAUCAAAAAAUUCGUCAACCUCGUGAUUUUAUAUACACGUUUGGUAGAACCUUUUCCCCUUUCUUCAUGUUAUCGGUUGGAUCCCUUCUUUUUGAUAUACCAUUUCCCGGUAUCCUCCCAUUCAGUUUUUUACCUAGAGAAAAGUGCCACAUGAUUACCAUGAUACUACCCAUAGCGAAUAUUUCUGGACCAGUUUUACUAUGCUCCUUAGAAACAACUGACAAGUUUCGUCAAUGGGAACCAGAAUUUAAUUCUGGAUGGAUUCUUGCAAUUCCUAUGGUAGUGAUUUUUAUAUAUGCUUUUUUGGCAAUUCACACACGUAUACCAUCUGCCAAGGCAAUUAGAAAUUCACGACCUAGGGUCCUGAGCAUGACUUUCACCUCAGCAUUUUGUUUCAGCUUUUUGGAUCCACUUAGUUUUGCAGGAGUUGCAAAAGUGAUUUUCUUGUCUGAGGACUUUAUUGGCGAUGUUGGUGUUCUUAUGGCACACCAGUUUUUUUGUCAAACAAUUAGGUUCAUAUAUUUAAAAAUAGCCGUGGGUUACAAUGUCACACGAAUUGGCCUCGGUUAUAAGUUUCCAAAGUUUAGGCCGAAUCACAGAAUGUCUAAGUCAAACGCAUUUUGGUACAUUUUUAAGAACACCUUCAAAAAGGCAUCUAAAGACACAAUUAAUGAUUUUAGAAUGAGCAUCAAAGAUUACCUGUAA